CCAGCAGCCCUUACGUUGGCCACAUCCUCCACCCAGAUGCAGGGGAUACUAGGGCGACUCCACUUUCAAGAUGAUGGCUUCAACUUUGGCUGUGUUGCUCCUCUGCCAAACAGUUUUGUACACAUCUGUAACAUCAAAGAAAGUUUGUGGCCACCCACCGACCACUGACGGGAUCAGUGAGUCGACCCUGAAGCUUGUGUACGAGGUUGGAGAGGAGGUGACCCUCACAUGCGAACAGGGGUACUUGCCCUCGACGACGGCCCCUCGGCGGAUAAGCUGCACCGCCACAGGAGAGUGGACCCAGUCCAAUUUGGCAUGUUCCCCUAAGAUGUGCCCGAUCCCCAGACCCCUGCAGCCCUUAGCGAUGGGCAGAACUGAAGCUCCAUUCAAGAGUGUGCUCAACUACACGUGUGACGAUGGGUACGUCAUGCUAGGAGCCAAUGAAAGCAGCUGUUUACACAAUGGUACCUGGAGCGAUCCACCACCUCUCUGCAAAGCGGUGAAUUGCCCUCUGCCCAAGCCACUUAGAGACGGAAGAAUUGUCCACGAUAAGCCAGUUACUGGAGCCACCACCAUGUAUGGCCAAGGCUGGACGUAUGAGUGUAACCCACCGAAAGCACCCAGUUAUGAGAGGGGAUCCUGCAUGGCGGACGGAAGUGCCUCUGAGCCUCCAGUGUGCCGAGAGGUGAGCUGCACCAUUCCGGUGGGUAUCCCAAACGGCUUCAUCACCUUUGCUGUGAUGAGAAUACAUGGCUACAAGGAGAAGGUUAAAUACGGCUGCAAUGAGAACUACAUCCUGGACGGCGAGGCAGAGAUACAGUGCCAGAACACGGGACACUGGUCUUCCAAGCCGGUCUGCAGAGCUCCCUGCAAAGUUGGCAUCAAACGAGGCCGCAUUCUCUACAAUGCCAAGAAGCUGUGGAUCGCAGACCUGAAACCCAACAGGGUCCUCCACGGAGAACACGUUGUCUUCUAUUGUCUGAACAGGGCUGAGAGGUGUGGCUAUCCCGUGGCCAGCACCUGUCAUGAUGGAACCCUCCCCCUCCCGGAGUGCUUCGAGGAACCGGGCAGGGUGGAAUACACCUUAAGGCCCAAAACCCUUCCGUCUGAAAUCCCAGUGUGCGCUGCUUCACCCUCUGCCAGCACCACGAGCCCAGCAGGCCCUGCCAGACCUGCAUAACUCUGACCCGAGACACACCGACCGGAUGUGAUUGACCUGAUCUUGGCUAAUAAAUCUGUAAAAAUAUA